GCUUGUUUCCAGUGCGUAUUUGCGCGACGCCAUUUCGUGCCUCGUCUGUUGGUCGGUGUCUGCUGCACGCGCUGGUACGGACUGUAUCCACAAAACAGUACAGCACCGAAUUUUAAUCAUUUUUAGUCUUAAACUCCCGCAUUUUUGAGCCACAUCAAUCUAAUCAGGCAGACAGACGACUCGACCUGAAAUACAGACAGAAUGGAACAUUCCCCAACCACCAGCAGCCUGAUGGCCAGCAACGUCACCAACAAGAACGAUCCGCGUUCACUGAACUCCCGGGUCUUCAUCGGGAACCUCAACACCAUGCUGGUGACCAAGGCUGAUGUGGAGGCCAUCUUCAGUAAGUACGGGAAGAUCGUGGGUUGCUCUGUGCACAAAGGUUUCGCCUUCGUCCAGUACGCCAACGAGAGGAACGCCAGAGCCGCAGUCGCUGGUGAAGAUGGGCGGAUGAUCGUCGGACAGGUGCUCGAUAUAAAUCUGGCUGGGGAGCCAAAGCCCCAUCGGCCAAACACUACUAAGCGGUCUGCAGGAGAUAUGUACAGGUUUGUAUUCAAUGUACAUAUAUGUAAAAAAAAGUGUGUAAGUAUUUUUCCCCCUGUUCAUUCUUUAAUUGCUUUCUCCUCCAACAGUCCUUCAUUUGAUCUGGACUAUGACUUUCAGAGAGAUUACUAUGACAGGAUGUACUCGUACCCGUCUCGUGUCCCCCCUCCUCCUCCUCCUCCGCUCUCACGGCCGGUGAUUCCCUCCAAACGAGCGCGAGUGAGCGUGAGCGGUGGCAGCCGCAGGACCAAGAGCAGCUUCUCCUCUAAGAGCAGCCAGCGCACGUCCCGCACCAUGAGAGUUGAUGAUCUACAGACCAUUAAGAAGGAGCUGACUCAGAUUAAACACAAAGUGGACUAUCUGCUGGAGAGCCUGGAGCGCAUGGAGAGAGACCACAGCAAGAAAUCAGAGGUGAAGAGCUCUAAACCAGAUGAAGUCUCACCACAGCACUCCAGCAGCAAGAAAGAGCGCGAGAGCUCAGAAAUGAAUGACUAUGAGGACGAGGGAGACCUGCUGGAGGAAGAGGAGAUCAAGAGUCGAGGAAGGGAGGAUGAUGAUGAUGAAGAAGAGGAAGGUGAGCAGGAGGAAGGAGAGGACGAUGGGGACAGCGCCAACGGAGACCAUUCUUAAACACUGCAGACACAGACACACAUGCAUGCUCACCGUGAGAUGUAGAGUAGAUCCUCUGACCUUCAACGCACACUUAGUUUUAUUUUAGAAGUCCAGAGCAAUAACUAAGACUCUGUGGAUCAUGAAAAUGACACUUUUUAGAGAAGCCGUGUAAACCCCUGACUCGAGCCAGCUUUCCAUGAGAUUUUGUAUUUCUUGAAUUUAAAACGGUUGAAUGCUUUGGAUUGAGAAAAUACUUUAGAUCGCAUUGAAAUAAAUCUCCUUCAUUGGUGUGACAUUGAACAAGUUUGCUGACAAGCUGUUUUAAAGACUGGGAACCCAACAGCUCGAUUGUGUUUGUGGAAAUUUGGAGGAUGAACCACUUAGAAGUGCUACGAUCGGAUUUGACCAAACUAUCAGUUAUAAGUUGUGCUCAGAUGAAGGUUAAAGCAAAAAUAAGUUACCAGUUUCAUAACUUUUCAACCCCUAAGGCUAGCUCAGUAUUUGUCAAUGAUAAUUACCAUCCUGAACGACUAAUGUGGGUUUACAGUGUGGUUUAGUGAUUGACACGUUGAUGAGCCAAUCAGAAUGCAUCAAAUUUGGACAUUAGAGCUCUUAAAGAGACACUAACUUGUACGUUCAAGCUUGCUUAUUGGUUUGCACCAACCGUACGCUGCCAAUAUAAACACAUUGGAUUGUCAAGCCAUUCCUUUCCCACUUCUGGCAGGUUCAGGUUCUUCUUCUCUGGUGUUUUUAAAGUCUUAGUCUGCUGCAUGACUUACGGUGGCGAUAAUGGUGGCUGGAAUUCGGGAACAUUCUGCCAUGUUCUCGAGGUCAUUCACUCUUUAAAACAGCCUGUGCAGAUUGAAAUUGCACAGAUGCGCUCAAAUACGUCUGUCUUCACCAAUGCUUUCCAUGAUUCUUCUGGUUGUGAGACCCUUCUGUGCUGAUUUCUGAUCUUAAACGCUUGUUGUCGCCGUCUACUCCUACACAUACUAGACUCUCAUAAGAGUCUCACAUGGUUUCCCAAAGCUCUUGGCAGACUAAAGUCCCCAAACCCUAACAAACUGAACCCAAUUGUUCUUAUGUGUGCGCUGGUUCAGCCACAGCAGUGCUCUUCUAGGACUUGUUUUGGGAAUAAAUGUAAAGUUACUCAUCCUGACCAGUGGGUGGCAGUGUGGCCCCGUUCUGUUAUUUAACCUCACAGAAAUACUGUUUGUUUGAUUGAACUGUUUUAUAUUCUGUAUGUGGGCACUGAGUGUGUGAGAAUAAGUUUGGAUUGUACAGUCAACGUAAUUUUACCCGUGCGUUUGUAUCUGUGUGCAGUGACACUAAGAGCUGAGUUUGCUUCUGGUAAAUACUACAUGUGUUUGUAGCCAUUUUGUUUCUAUUUGUUUUGUUUGUCUUCUGUUUGGUGUGUGUUAUAAGUUUCAAUAAAACUACAAAUGUUCAUGA